AUUCCCACAUCCUCCUGAACCCCAGCAUGGCAAUCUUCCACCCCAAACAUUUCUUGACUUCAAGUAUCUUGGUUCUCGGCAUGAUUAUCGAGGUUUACUCACGUGGGCCAGUAUAUACGCCUCCAGACGUCGAGCGAUUAACCGACCGUUUCAGUCGAGUAUCCGUUGAUCGAAGCUACAAUGUGUUCUUUGGAGGGUCUAAUGUGCAUGUGACCGGCAACGGGACCAGUGCUGAUUUGAGUUUGGAUAAGUCCUCAGGAUCCGGAGUGGUCUCGAAGAACAGAUAUAACUAUGGAUUCUUCAAUGCUGCUAUAAAGCUGCCUGCUGGUUUUACAUCAGGAGUUGUGGUAGCGUACUAUUUAUCCAAUGCGGAUUCUUACCCUCACAACCAUGACGAAAUUGAUAUUGAACUUCUCGGACAUGAGAAGAGACGAGAUUGGGUCCUGCAGACAAACAUCUACGGCAAUGGAAGUGUAAGCACAGGAAGGGAAGAGAAGUUCUACCUCUGGUUUGAUCCGACACAGAAUUUUCAUGACUACAGCAUCCUCUGGAACAACCAUCACAUAGUGUUUCUGGUGGACAAUGUACCUAUAAGAGAAGUCAUCCACAACAAUGCUAUCUCCACAGUUUAUCCAUCAAAACCGAUGUCAGUCUACGCCACAAUCUGGGACGGAUCAGAAUGGGCGACCCAUGGAGGAAAAUACCCUGUAGACUACAAAUUUGCACCGUUUGUGGCAUCCAUGAGAGGUAUUGAAAUGGAGGGCUGCGUCUUGAAUCCGAAAGGCAUGGCUCCUUCGUGUUCAAGAAGCAGCCUGUCGAGCUUAGAUCCUGUUGAUGGUGAGGAAUUUGCCAAAUUAUCGAGCCAACAGAUUACGGGGCUGAACUGGGCUAGGGGGAAACACAUGUUUUACUCAUAUUGCCAAGAUAAGUCUAGAUACAAAGUGCUGCCAGCAGAAUGCACUGCAACAUAGGAGGAGAAUUGUAUUCUUUAUUCUUCGCAAUAAUUUGCAAACUAUAUAUAGAGGGAGAUUAAUAAUGACCGAGAUUAUCGGUAUUGUAAUCAAAAUCUCCAGAAGCAGAAAGGUUAGGUGAAAUAUUCUUUGAAACCAGCCACUCAGAAGUAUGGCAUUAACAUGCAGCAAGUCAAGUGCAUGAGAGAAAUGGGCUCAUUCAUUUCUCUCUUAAUGGUUGGGGGUGAGGGAGAUUUCGACCAUAAGACAGCUCAUAAAUCUUAGACCAAAAUAUGUAACAUGGAUUGCAAUAUAAAUCUUCAAUGAUAUCAAUUAUUAUA